GCCAAAGCAGAGCAAAUGUCCAACAGCAGCUCCAUCAGGCACUUCCUCCUGCUGGCAUUGGCAGACACACGGCAGCUGCAGCUCCUGCACUUCUGCCUCUUGCUGGGCAUCUCCCUGGCUGCCCUCCUGGGCAACGGCCUCAUCAUCAGCACCGUAGCCUGCGGCCACCACCUGCACACGCCCAUGUUCUUCUUCCUGCUCAACCUGGCCCUCAGCGACCUGGGCUCCAUCUGCACCACUGUCCCCAAAGCCAUGCAUAAUUCCCUCUGGGACACCAGGAAAAUCUCCUACACAGGAUGUGCUACACAGGUCUUUUUUUUUGUUUUCUGUGCAGCAACAGAUUUUUAUCUCCUGACCAUCAUGUGCUAUGACCGCUACGUGUCCAUCUGCAAACCCCUGCACUAUGGUACCCUUCUGGGCAGCAGAGCUUGUGCCAACAUGGCAGCAGCUGCCUGGGCCAGUGGCUUUCUCAAUGCUUUCAUGCACACGGCCAAUACAUUUUCCCUGCCCCUGUGCCAUGGCAAUGCCCUGGGCCAGUUCUUCUGUGAAAUCCCAUGGAUCCUCAAGCUCACCUGUUCAAACUCAAUUCUCAGGGAAUUUGGGCUACUUGUUUUUUCCAUCUGUUUAGCAUUGGGCUGUUUUCUGUUCAUUAUUUUCUCCUAUGUGCAGAUUUUCAGGGCUGUGCUUAGGAUCCCCUCUGAGCAGGGACGACACAAGGCCUUUUCCACCUGCCUCCCUCACCUGGCUGUGGUCUCCCUAUUCCUCAGCACUGCAGCAAUUGCUCACUUGAAGCCCCCCUCCAUGUCCUCCCCAUCCCUGGAUCUGGCCCUGUCAGUUCUGUACUCGGUGGUGCCUCCAGCCCUGAACCCCCUCAUCUACAGCCUGAGGAACCAGGAGCUCAAGAUUGCAGUCUGGAGAAUGAUGACUGGUUACUUUCAGAAACAUUAA